CAUUUGUAACUCAGAGUGAUGAGGCACAUGGAAAGUUUGCAGAGAAGUCUGCGAAGCAAAAUAAGAACUGUCUUUUCUACUAUUCUUCAUGUGUCCAACGUGAUGUUUGUGCAUCAAUUUCCACAGAACUUCUAAAACUCAAAGUCCCAAGUUCCACAGGGAUAUAAAAAGAUAUUUAAGAGUGAGAACGAUUCCAAAGGAGCACAAGAUUCUGUAUGCAACAUUCCGUUUUCUCCAAAGAGUAACAAUUAGAAUCAGAAGAGGCAUCAGGAUGAGUAGCUUAUUGCUAUUUUUUAUGCUGGGAGUUCCUCUCCUAUCGCCUCGCCUUACAGCAACAGAAAACGGUAAAACAGAGCACGUUGAACAGCCAGUGGGAUCUCAUUUGAGAGUGAAGCGUGGCUGGGUGUGGAACCAAUUUUUUGUACCAGAGGAAAUGAAUUCAACCAGUCAUCACAUUGGCCGGCUAAGAUCUGACUUAGACAAUGGCAACAACUCUUUCCAGUACAAGCUCUCAGGGCCUGGAGCUGGACGUCUUUUUAUGAUUGAUAAGAAAACUGGUGACAUAUAUGCCAUAGAGAAGCUUGACAGAGAGGAACGAGCCCUCUACAUGCUCAGAGCCCAGGUAAUCGACACCUCUACUGGAAGGGCUGUGGAACCUGAGUCUGAAUUUGUCAUCAGAGUUUCGGAUAUCAAUGACAAUGAACCCAAAUUCCUAGAUGAACCUUAUGAGGCCAUUGUCCCAGAGAUGUCUCCAGAAGGAACAUUCGUUAUCCAGGUGACAGCCAGCGAUGCUGAUGAUCCUUCAAGUGGCAACAAUGCCCGUCUUCUCUACAGCUUACUGCAAGGCCAGCCAUAUUUUUCUAUUGAACCAACAACAGGCGUCAUAAGAAUAUCUUCUCAAAUGGAUAGAGAGCUACAAGAUGAGUAUUGGGUAAUUGUCCAAGCCAAAGACAUGAUUGGUCAGCCUGGAGCGUUGUCUGGAACAACAAGUGUACUAGUAAAACUUUCGGAUCUUAAUGACAAUAAGCCUAUAUUUAAAGAAAGUUUAUACCGCCUUACUGUCCCUGAAUCUGCACCCACUGGAACUUCUAUAGGAAAAAUCAUGGCACAUGAUAAUGACAUAGGACAGAAUGCAGAAAUGGAUUACAGCAUUGAAGAGGACGAUUCACAAGCAUUUGACAUAAUUACUAAUAACGAGACACAAGAAGGAAUAGUUGUUUUAAAAAAAAAAUUGGAUUUUGAAUACCAGAACCAUUAUGGAAUUAGAGCAAAAGUUAAAAAUCGCCACAUUGACGAGCACCUCAUGAAAUUCCAUGCUGAAGCCUCCACCACUUUCAUUAAGAUCCAGGUGGAAGAUGUUGACGAGCCUCCUGUAUUCCUCCUCCCAUAUUAUGCAUUUGACAUUUUGGAAGAAAAUCCACAUGGAUCAUUUGUAGGCAUAGUGUCUGCCAUAGACCCAGAUAACAGAAAAUCUCCUAUCAGGUAUUCUAUUACUGGAAGCAAAGUGUUCCAUAUCGAUGACAACGGGACAAUCCUUACCACUAAUACACUUGACCGGGAGAUCAAUGCUUGGUACAACCUAAGUAUUACAGCAACAGAAAGAUAUAAUGUACAACAGAUCUCUACAGUCCCUGUGUACGUGCAAAUUCUUAAUAUUAAUGACCAUGCUCCUGAGUUCUCUCAGUACUAUGAGACUUACGUUUGUGAAGAUGCAGAUUCCGGUCAGGUAAUUCAAACCAUCAGUGCAGUAGAUAGAGAUGAAUCCAUAGAAGAUCAUCAUUUUUACUUUAAUCUCUCUGUGGAAGACACAAACAAUUCAAGUUUUGUGAUAAUAGAUAACCAAGAUAACACAGCUGUAAUUUUGACUAAUAGAACUGGUUUUAGCCUUCAAGAAGAGCCUGUCUUCUAUGUACCCAUCUUAAUUGCCGACAAUGGAGUCCCAUCACUGACAAGCACUAACACCCUGACCAUAUACGUCUGUGACUGUGAUGACGAUGGGAGUACAGAGAGCUGCAGAAAUAAGGAGCUCAUGCUUUCCAUGGGAUUCCGGAUAGAAGUCAUAGUUGCUAUUCUGAUUUUCAUUAUGAUAAUAUUUGGGUUUAUAUUUUUGUUCUUGGGUCUGAAACAACAGAGAAGAAAGACUCUCUUCCCGGAGAAAGGUGAAGAUUUCGGAGAGAAUAUAUUCAGAUAUGACGACGAAGGAGGGGGAGAAGAAGACACAGAGGCCUUUGAUAUUGUAGAGCUAAGGAGCCGCACUGUGAUGCGGGAUCGCAAGGCUCGGAGAAGCACCACGGCGGAGAUCAGGAGCCUGUACCGGCAGUCUUUACAGGUCGGCCCAGACAGCGCCAUAUUCCGGAAAUUCAUUCUCGAAAAGCUCGAUGAAGCUGAUAACGAUCCAUAUGCUCCUCCUUUUGACUCCCUUCAGACCUUUGCUUUUGAGGGGACGGGGUCCUUGGCUGGAUCCCUGAGCUCCUUUGGAUCUGCUAUCUCUGAUCAGGAUGAAAAUUAUGACUAUCUUAAUGACUUGGGACCUCGGUUUAAAAGAUUGGCGUGCAUGUUUGGUUCUGCAAUGCAGUCAAAUAAUUAGACCAUUUUACCAUCAAAACUUAGAAACGUUGAUGUGAAUUUGAACAAAAGGGUAGUUUCUUGGGAAAGACUUGCUGUGUGGCUGUCCUGGGAGAAAAGUUUUCUGGUUUUCUUGGAGUAAAUACUAAAUGGUUAUUACAAUCUUAAAGAAAGAUGUGAGAAGAGAUGGUAACAAUCAGCUUUGAAGUGCCAGUGUAAGCCAGCUGUAGCAUGCCACUGAAAAAUUCCUCUAGCAUUUUUCAUUAACAACCAAUGCAAAUUCCCCCAAAUUUUUUAAAUGGUUAAUGUGAAAAACAGACUGAAUUACUCUAACUUAAUGUUAUUUUAUUUAUCCGUAUUUUCACUCUUACCAAGUAAGAGUAAAGAGUUUGUGUGUUAAGUUCCUGAUGCUAAUGCAGAAAAAAACUUUUAACAGUUCAAGGACUCCGAAAAAUUCAAGUUUUAGAAUAUUUACUUUACAUGAAUGAGCAAGUUUCUGACCAAGAUUUCAUGACUGAUUGUAAUUUGGUAUUUUAACAUUUUUGCCAAGACCACAUGUUAAAACAAGUUCCAGGAC